AUGUCUAGAAUUCCUGAUAUAUAUAAAUAUGACGAGGUUUUAACAUCAAUACUUGUAAAUGAGAAAUCUAUCUUGGGUUUUUUGUCCACUAUUUUCAACUUUUUAGCUAGAAGAACAGAUUUUUACCAUGUACCAGAUGGCCCUUAUGAAAACAUGGGAUUUCCUCCAGGAGUCGCAGAAGAACUAGUUGUGAAAGUUCUUAGGACAUGUGACCCCAAGAACUUCAAAGCACCUAAUGGGGCUAUAAAAUCUACAGAUGUGAACGAUGAAAUUAUGUGCUCCACAGUUGCACAGGAAGUAGAAGUAAUAGCUGAUGAAGAUCUUGAAGAAAAUAACACAUUGGAAGCUGAAGACACACCAGUUAAUACACACACCAGUAAUCCUGUAAUAGAACCUUCAGCAACUUUCGGAACCGUAAAACAUGAUAAGCAGCAAAGUGAACCAGCUGUGAAUGCCAGUAUUGCACAUACGGAAUCUAAAAUCCAGGAACUAUCAUUACAGGAAUCUCCUAAAACAAUUCCAGAAGACUACAAACCUCAUAUGCUUCCUACACAGAAAAAUAGUGAAACCUACAAUGGGGCUGAUAGGGAACAUUAUUUAUGGUCACAGACUAUUAUGGAAUUAGAUGUAACAGUGAAAUUACCACCUGAUAUAAAAUCGGCCAAAGAUCUGAAAGUGACUUUAAAUACAGGAGACAUUAGCAUAUUGCGGAAGAAUGGAGAUAUAAUCCUUAAGGACUCAUUGCCAUACAAAAUAAAGGCUAUAGAUAGUUUCUGGAGUGUCAGUGAGGGGAAACUUAUCAUGCACUUAGAAAAAGUACAAGAAAGAUGGUGGAAUAAGUUAUUGAAUAAUGAAGAACCCAUAGACCUGGAUAGAAUUGAUUGCUCCAGGCCAUUAGAUGACUUACCAGAAGAUCAAGUAGCCAAGGUUCGCGAGUUACAAUGGAACCAAGAACGGAAACUGCAGGGAUUGCCAACUAGCGAUGAUAUUCGAAACAUUAAUAUUUUGAAGAAGGCUUGGAAUGCUCCGGGCUCACCAUUUCAGGGACAGAAAUUCAAUCCAAACAUUCUCAACAGUUCUAAUACAUUGCCAUCAUUCUCAGGAGAUCAAUAA